AUGGAGUUCCUCGACAUGGCGCGCUCGUAUCCUUAUCUAGCGGCCUACGACGACGAUACUAACCGGUACGACAGGACAGCGGCAUAUGCGAAGACAAGGAGGGUGACAUCUCGAACUCCGGCGCUAGGAGCGACCAACGGCAAUGAAGAGUGGGAACACGAGGUGGCCAACCUGCCUUGUUCGGUUGUCACCAGAACCGGCUUGGGCGGAGGUCGGGCGAGGCGCAGGCGCAGGCACACAGCGCAGAGCCAAGCUCUGAGAUGCAGACUACCUGGUGUGGAUAGCGAGGUGCGGAUUCAAGCACGUAUCCAGGCAAUACUCAUUCGCGUGCCAGAAGAAUGGCUGACUGGCGCCUCUGUCGUCAAUGUUUGGCUUGUCAUGGCCCUUACUCCGGAGGUACUUGAGGGUGUACGUGGGCCAACUUCCAUUGAGAGGCCGAGGUCCGGAUACUUUGAUGGUACUUCCGAUGUACCCCAUGGGCCAGAAUUUGGUGCACCUGGCUCACAGCCCAAAUCCCCCUGCCCCUCCGCCGAGGUAUUGACCAUGUCAUGCCAAACUCAAUCUGUGCCCUUUUCCCGUCGACUGGAAAACAACCCGUGGUCGAGCCGUGCGCAAUGUCGUGGAGUUCGUGAUGCCGACUAG